UGAGUUUCAGGCACAAAGUACUGAACUUACUGGCUUCAAAGAAGUAGGUGAGACAAGACCUAGCCAAAGCUGAAGAGCUGCUGUCCAGCGUCUCCCUGCUCAAGGUCACUCCAAAGAGCAGAUGGAGGUGGAGAAGAUCCUGGUCCUCUGUGGCUGUUUCCUCUUGUGGAACCCUCUCAUUCAAUCCACUCAGGUUUACCCUGGGAUCAAACUGAGGAUUACCCAGAAGGGCCUAGACUAUGGUAUGCAGGCCGGCAUGGAAGCCAUUGAGCCGAUAGUGAAGAAAAAUGGUAUUCCUGAUUUCAAAGGCUCUGAAUCUCUUGAAUUUUUAAAGGUUGACUACGUUGACUAUAAUUUUUCAAAGGUUUUCUCAGCAAAGACACUGAAGGUUGACGUUUGUGCCUUUUGUCUGAUGAGUAGCAGAGCUGAAGGAAGAGCCGCUCUGUUUCUAGCUGAGAUAUUUUUCUCGGGUCUUAUUAACCUGUCCCGGAGCGACACGGGCCACCCAACCAUGAAGCUGGAAGAUUGCUAUGUUCGAGUCGGGCAUGCCCACAUCUCAUUUUCAGGAGAAUUCAGUGUCCUAUAUAACUCCUUUGCUGAGCCAAUGGAGAAACCCAUUUUGAAGAACUUGAAUAAAAAGCUGUGUCCGAUUAUCAUGGAUCGGUUUGAAGAUAUAAAUGCCAAUAUAAGCUCUCUGGAAGUUGUAACCAAGUUUGGCGAGGACAUCCUGCUAGAUUACUCCCUUUUGGAGCCUCCAGAAAUCACCCAGUCAUCCAUUGACCUGAAUCUGAAGGGCACAUUCUACCAAGUGGGAAAUCUUACUGACCCUCCCUUCCAACCUGUCCCAUUCACGCUCCCAGACCGCGGUGAUUCGAUGCUUUACAUUGGAAUCUCAGAGUAUUUCCUUAGGUCAGCAUCGUUCACUUAUUUCCUAACGGGGGCUUUCAAUAUCACCCUGACCACGAAAGAGCUAUCCAAGCAUCUAAUUCAAAACCCCCAGGGCAUUGGGAGUUUGUUUUCUCAGAUUGCAGAACUAUAUAUAAUGAGCCAGCCCCUGAUGAUGAGAGUUCUGACCACCGAACCCCCAGUGGUCAGUCUAGAACCAAACAAUUUUACCCUCAACAUCCCUGGUUCUGUUGUGAUGCUGACGAAACCUAAAAACGCCACCGAGGAAGCUAUCGUCUCUAUGGAUUUUGUGGCCAGUACUAGUGUUGGCCUGGCCAUUUUGGGACAAAAGUUGAUCUGCUCUUUAUCUCUGAACAGGUUCCGUCUCUCUGGGCCAGAGUCUAAUCGUAGUUCCAUUGAGGUCCUGAGAUUUGAGAACAUUCUCUCCUCCAUCCUUCACUUUGGAGUCUUCCCGUUAGCCAAUGCCAGGUUACAGCAAGGUUUCCCACUGCCUAACCCACAUCAGAUAUCUCUUGUCAAGUCUGACAUCGAAGUUCACAAGGGUUUCCUUCUGGUUUCUACUGACCUCAGGUAUGACCCUUUGUGGAAGAAGCAGCAUUUUGGAGGCUAGAAAGGUGAAAACACCUUCGAGGAUGCUGACAGCAUGCCCCCCCACCCCAGCCUGGCACUCUUAAUAGGAACAGGAGACAAAUGAUCCCUAACCGCCCCCCAAGGACCACUGUGCCCCCAAGCCUGGAAGACAAGGGAAACAUGGCAACAAGAACUGAAAUGGUUUCCUUCCUAGCUUUUAGGGAACUAAAGAAAAAGGACGGGAGGGGUGGAGGGGGGCUUGCAACGGAGCCUGUAUAUAUGUAUGAUUGUGUGUACUGAGUGCAUGUAGACGGCAGUUGCUGGGGCCACGAGGCAGGUUUAUACGAUGGGUGCAGAGGAUGAGAAGGUUUUGGGAAUCCAAGCAAGGCUUCCUUUGCUUUGUCCCCACUGCAUUUAGGAUUUUAUGUUUUGUACUUCAUAUUUUAUGCUCCCUUUAUUUAAAUAAAAUCUCUCCUCCCCUUG